CGAACCGAGCCGUUGUCUGGUCGCUUUUGUUUACUUUCAACCCCACUCUUCUUCCACCAUCGCCGAUUGUAAACCGAACACUGCUUGACAUCGCGAAUGCUUCACUUUGCUAAGACCAGAGGCUCUCUUAGACUCGCAUAGCUGGACAAAAGCUAAAGUUCAUCCACCUGGCACGCUCAGCGUCUAGUGUACACCAUUUAACAAGCAGCGAUCACCAACAAGCAAUCCGGGGAAUCGUACAGUAUAGGGCGCAUUCGUCCGUCCAUCAUCCGCCAGCCCAGCAAGCCAGUCCCAGCUACUAUCCAUUACGACCUACGUCACUUUACUCAAGUGGAAACCAGGACCAUGGCGACGCCAACAGCAGGGCCGUACAAACCAUCCCCACUGGGAUCGUACGCCUCCCCAAUGGGAUCGGGCCCCCUUGGUGCCCCAACUACCACCAGGAAUUCCCCAUUCCAGCGCAGAGCCGUGUCCCCAGUGUCCCCGUCCCCACUCCGACAAGCAGCAACAUCUCCAUUGGCGACACCGCCUGUCAAGCAACAGCAACAAUCGCUGUCGGGAGGAGGGUCUAGUGUAAGCGAGUUGACGUCCCGGUUCGCCAAUAACAUUGCCAACAGCAGCGGCCAGCCGACCGCGCUCCGAGCUGGGCUUGGAGCUCCUGCGCCUACGACAGCUACACCGACCAGUCAGACCCAAUCCCAGGCCAGCUGGACACCUAGAGCUUUGGCAUCGGCACCGACCGUAGUCAACCCGCCGCCGCCUAACCCAAUGUUUCUUAAUGGCGACGCGCCGCCGCCGCGGCCUCCCCAGCAUCGCAUUUCUCCCUUGCCUUCACCCUCGAUACCACGAACGACUACCUCUGCCUCUACCAUGAGCAUGGGAACCGGAGGCAAUGCCAUGUCCCAGCUGCAGCCCUCGCAGGUGCGCACCCUGCGGGAGGGUUUCCAGAUCCUGGACCGCGACAGCGACGGUAUGGUGGUCAGGGAGGAUGUCAUCGACAUGCUAAACCAACUGGGUCUACCCAACAGCGCCUCCGACGUCUCCCCAUUCUUCCCUCCCAACGGCCCCCAGUCAAUGACCAUGGCCGUCUUCUUCAACUCCAUCGCCACCGCCCUCUCCAGCCUCUCCCCCAGCGGCGAACUGCUUUCCGCCUUCUCGGCCUUCGAUGACGACGACAGCGGCCAGAUUGACGUGGCUGAGCUGCGAGACGCCCUACUCAACACAGCGCCCGAACCAGGCGAGAGGCCCCUAACGUCGCUCGAAGUAGACAAGGUCAUGGCCGGAUUCACGGGUCGCAGGGCGUUUGCUCAGAACAGCCAAAGGACGACUGGGCUGGGAGGAGUAGGCGGGGGAGGCGCCAACAAGCGUGGGGAGGUGUUCAGAUACCAGGAGUUUGUCAAACUAAUUCAGGGGACGGGGAACGGUGGGGAGCAAGGGUCCGAAGACUCGGGACGUGGCUGAAAUCAGGUGGGAGAGCGUGGUGUACCAAAAACCACCGUAAUAAUGGGUUAAUGGAAGGCUAGCAUGAUGGGAUUAUCAAUGAGGGCAAACGGAACGGAAACUGUUAAUUACACCGGGUGGUGGAUGGAUGGUUAUGAUGACGACGAUGACGACGGGCUGGAUAAGUCUGGUUUUAUUAUUGCGGGCAGGCUCUGUGAUACUGGGUUUGGUAAUAUUGUAGUUUAGAAUCAGGACAGGCAGACAGGCAGGUUGCAUCGGCGUUGUCGAGUCGGGUACGUAAUGAAUGGAUAUCACUUGAACCUUGAAUUGGGAAAAUGGGAAAACCGAG